AUGCUUGAUGAGUCCAACCGUUUCACGCCCAUCUACGCGCCCAUAAUGGAGCGUUGUCUUCGUUCGGAAUGCAUCUCCGAUGACGUCGACCUCAUCAACAACCAUGUCAUGGGCACCAGCCGCAAGGCAGACUCCCUGUUCGACGCGCGCGUCAUCGCCUUCCGCAACAAGGUUAACACCGUCUUGACUGUGCCGAUGAUGCGGACCUGGUGCAAGGCUAAAGGUACCACUCUCUUCAUCGCGGCAGCCCAUGACGUAUACGUCGGGCACCAACGUCCGGGCGCCACCGCGGAGGUACCACCAACGGACGCUCCAUGGCCUGCAGGACUUCGUCGCGAAAUAAAGUCGCUCGACGACGGCAAAACAAACGACCUCCCCACCAGCGCAUGCCUUGCUAUCGGUGCGCCAGUCGUUCUUCACAAAAGCCCACAGUUCGUCCUACUUGGGGUAUGUAACAACUCCGACGGCAUCAUCCGUGGCAUUGAGCUUGACCCACGUGAAGGUUACGCCUCCAGUACCGCAGGCUACUCCGUUGUCACCCUUCGGUACGCGCCACUCAGAAUCUUCGUUUACAUCAAGUCUGCUGAUGCCGCCGGCCUGCACUUAGAUGGGUUGCAGAGGGGAGUAAUUGCCGUGGCACCGGUUGAGCGUAAGUUCACAAUUGUCGGCAUCAACAAAAGGAAGUUCACCUUCAAACGGCGACAGAUACCAUUGACGGCCGGAUGCUUAUCGUCGGUGUACCGCAGCCAGGGCCAAACCAUGCCAAAGAUCAUCCUCGACAUUCGCCGCCCUCCGGGACAUGCUGUGGACUGCGCCGCCGUCUACGUUGCCCUUUCGCGUGCAACCGGUCUUGGCGAUUUGAACCUUCUCUUCCCUGUAACCCUGCAAGAUCUCAAUCAGCCUCAGAAUCCAGACAUCGUCGCCAUCGUCAACUACCUACACCGUCUGGACGAGACUACUAUGGUGCUUUUCCUCAAAGACCCGGGGUCUUUCACCCCUGCCUACGCCACCUUGGACGGCAUCGAAGAAGCCGGCCCAAGGCCGCCCCACAAACAACCAAAACGCGUUGGUCGCCACGGUCCAGGUGCCACCCGAAGAGUCGCGCACCUCAUCCCCAACGAGGACAACAAUUGCUUCUUCAAUUCUGCGCUCGCUUUGGCACUCGCGGCCUGGGAUGGUCAGCCGCUUCCAGAUACUACAGCCGGCACCCCUGCUGCCGGGUCUUUUUUUGCGGCUUUGCAGUUACUGAGGGACUCCAUGUUCGACGAGUGCGACCUGUCGCCGAAUAUCGUGAGGAAGAUGGCACAAGUACGACUGCCUGGCGGGAGGAGCGGUAACUUCUUCAGACACGUUCGAUGCCGACUGGAACAGCUCGUCGCAGUGUAUGCUGGUGUACCUUAAGACUUCUUUGUGUGUCGCCACCCCACCGCUGUACACGCGACACGAGGAACAACAUCAUAACAGCCCUUCUGGGCGACAACCGGGCCACCGUCAUCACGCCGACGACAGCAGCCCUUCGGGCCGGAAUCAUCAACACCCCUUGCAGCACUUGCCACACAGCCCUUCAGGAAGGACUACAUCGCCCAGUGGCGCCCGUUCUAUCCACGAUCGCAGCUCCACGGAUGCCGGGGAUGCCGUCUUCGAUUCUUUUGGGGACAUGUGUAUCAGUCCCUCAGGCCGAACUUUUUAGUUGUUUGUCUUCCUGUGUCUACUGUAUGUAGACGUUGCAUUUCGUGAUACCCGAGGCUAGGAUGUAUGUGUUUGCGUAGUGUAGUAUCGGUUAAUUAAGGCCCUUCCCGUUCGCGACU